CUCCGCCUCCAGCCAACCGAAGCAGCAGGCCUGCUCAAGACACCAGACGACAGGACCUGGUCGCUUCGGCAAAAGAAUACAUCCAACGCCCUCAUCCUCUUGCAGGCCACAGAUCAAGGCAGCCUCGACGCAGUCGCCACCGUGCACGAGGUGGUGGAGCUCGUCCCCGAGGCCGAGAGAGCCGGUGCACCUGCGACCGCUGCCAGGGGGAAGUGGCACGAGAGGUUCGGAAAGACCAGGUGA